AUGCGUCAGUCGCAACUUAUUACCGUUUUUGCGUUCAUCUUCAUCUGUUUGGCGGAUGAGUCUAAAUUAAAAGUAAAACCCGCGUCAAAACCUGUGAGAUUAUUCACCGACGAAGAGUUAAGACGAUACGAUGGAAGUGAGGCCGGGCAGCCCAUUUACAUGGCCAUAAAGGGAGUCGUGUUUGACGUUACAUCCGGAAAACACUUUUAUGGCAAAGGUGCCCCUUACAAUGCCCUUGUGGGAAAGGACUCAACCCGAGCUGUGGCUAAAAUGUCCCUUAAUCCUGAAGAUCUGACCCAUGAUACAACGGGCCUUACUACGGAGGAGCUGGAGUCCCUUGAGAGCGUAUUCACUGGAACAUACAAAUCAAAGUACCCCAUAGUGGGCUACACACACAGACGCCUUCUCAAUGAAGAUGGCAGCCCAAAUGAAGAUUUCAAACCAGAGGAUCAACCUCAUUUCAACAUCAGAAAUGAGCUUUGAUACUUAGAUAAAAAGAACAUUUAGGCUGGUACAAUAGUAAGUGCUAAAAGAUCUCACAUUGAUUAAUACCAGUUCUCUUCACAUGGGAUAAGAUUAGUAUCUGAGAAUCGCAUCAAUAAUGAUUAAAUUGCUACUGGUUUGUUUGUUUGUUUUUUUGUUUGUGUUUUAGCUUCUCAUCUUUAUAUCUUGACAAUUAUUGUAUCUACUAAAAUUUUUCAAGCAUUUUACAUUGUCUGCUCUGACUAGUCAUUUUGGAAUACAAAGGUAUUGUAAUACAUGCACCAGUAACACAUGCAGUGAUACAUUUGACAAUGUCACCAGUUGACAGCUACGUGUGAAUGGUUCAGGCAUUUGUGUUUAAAUAGCUACUGAAAAAAUACAUUCUCCUUCUUAAUGGAACAUGUAUUUCAUACGUACAGUUUUACAGAAGGAUUCCUUUACAGGAGGUAUUUGUUGGUGUGUUAUGAUCAUCAUAAACAUUUGACUAUUAUAUGGCGUUCACUGGACACAAGAAAUGCUUGAAAAGACAAUAAAAUUUUGCUUAUUUAUUCACUAA